AUGUCGCGCCAAGGAGAAGAUGACGCCAAGAGCACACAGAGUAUUGAUAGCCUUGAACAGCGUCUCAAAUUGGCCCAGAUCAACAGUCGCCUGAACGAAUUCAUUCCUGAUCUGCCGGUGGCUGACUUUACUCUUCCUAGAGACUUCCUCAAAACCGAUAGUGACGAAGAGCUGGCUCUGAAGGCGCACACUACGGACAAACGACCUUUGUUCUGCCUGGCGAAUCUGCUUCCUCUUCCUUACAACCAGAAUCGUUUACUCUGCGACCUCCGUCCUCGGCCUCGCCAGCAGAACCCGAGAUGGAUCGUCGACUUCGUCAGAGCAAGCCACGCUUGUUACUCAUGGGGCAGCGCAGGUACGAACUGCUUUCACCGUCUUCUGUCCUUGAUCACUGACAAAAUUCGUAGAAGUGGCAAAUCGUCGAUCACCAACGUCGUCUUCCACAAAACCCCUCCUCAAGAGACUUUGUUCCUCGAAUCCACCACUCAAAUCCAGAAAGAUACCAUGCACUCGUUCAUGGACUUCCAGAUCUGGGAUUUUCCUGGUCAAAUUGACUACUUCGAUCCGACUUUCGACACCAACCAGAUCUUUUCCGAAAUCGGCGCGCUGGUCUGGGUCAUUGACGCACAAGACGACUACUCAGAAUCCUUGAAUCGGCUCACUACCACAAUUCUCAAUCUCCAGACCACUUUUCCUCACGUCAAUGUCGAAAUCUUCAUCCACAAAAUCGACAGCUUGAAUGAUGAGUUCAGAACCGAAGUUUACCAGGACAUUGCACAACGUGUCGGCGAUGACUUGAACGACGCAGGCUAUAUCAACCCCAAUGUCACCUAUCACAUGACCUCUAUCUACGAUUACUCCAUCUUCGAGGCAUUCUCCAGGGUGGUCCAGAAGCUGAUACCGCAUCUGGACACCCUGGAGAACCUCAUGAACACCCUGGUCAACAACAGUGGGAUGGCGAAGGCGUACCUCUUCGACAUUUUGACCAAGGUCUACGUGGCCAGCGACACGCGUCCGGUGGACAUGGAGGUGUACGAAAUGUGCGCCGACUACAUCGACGUCACUGUCGAUAUCACCGACUUAUACGGCCAUGAGCGCAAGCAUGGCGUGGUGUUAGGAGACCAGAUGGAGGAGACGGAGUCGUCCAUGAUCAUUCAUGACGGCUCCAUGAUUUAUCUCAAAGAGAUGAAUCGAUAUCUCUGCUUGGUGACCAUCAUCAAGAACCCCGAGGCCAAGGACAAGAAGGGCCUGAUUGACUACAACGUCCACUGCUUCCAGGACUCGUUGAACGAGUUGCUGGCGCAGGCGUGGCGCGAGGACAAGGGGGGCGGAGAGGGCCAGGAUGGCGAGGGUGUGGCCCAGGAGGGUCUACAGGCCCAGGCCGAGAAUUGA